GCGUUGUGAGAAACGGGCGUACGACACCUUGCUACACGCUUUGAAAGUAACAUACACCCUCUUCGUACUACUGGCAGGCUACAUAACGACAUGGCCCCGGCAACUCUCCUCGUGCUCACCGCCUUCCUUCUCCUCGCGGUCUUGGUCUCUGCGGCGGACCUGUACAAGGCUCUUGAUCUCUCAAAGUCUGCUUCGGAGAAAGACAUACGAGCAGCGUACAAGCGGCUCAGCAAGAAGUAUCAUCCUGACAAGAACAAAGAUUCAGGAGCCGAGGAGAAGUUCGUGGAGAUCGCUCACGCCUACGAAGUUCUGUCAGAUUCGACAAAACGUCAAAUCUAUGACCGACACGGCGAAGAAGGCUUGAAGGCCCACGAGGGCGGUCAACAGCACCAUGCCAAUCCCUUCGACAUGUUCGCACAGUUCUUUGGGGGAGGCCACCAGGGGCAACAAACGCGUCGCGGUCCGAGUUCUCUCUCAGAAAUGGAAAUCAGUUUGGCAGACAUGUAUACCGGAAACAGCAUUGAUUUCAUGGUAAAGAAGAAGAUCCUCUGCGACCACUGCCGCGGCAGUGGCGCUGCCUCGUCCGACGACAUCCACACGUGCCCCGGCUGCAACGGCGCGGGCGUCAAGAUCGUGCGGCAGCAGAUCUUCCCGGGCAUGUUCUCGCAGGCGCAGACGACCUGUAACGAGUGUGGUGGACGCGGACGUAUCGUCAAGCGCGCGUGUCCGCACUGCCAAGGCCAGAAGGUGCUCGACCACACGCAGCACUACACGCUCGAGAUCCCGCGCGGCAUGCCCGAGGGCCAGGAGGUCGUGUUCGACGGUGAGGCGGACGAGAGCCCCGACUGGGAGGCGGGAGACAUCAUCAUGCGCGUGCGCAGCCGGAAGGACAAGGGCGGAUACAGGCGCAAGGAGCACGGGCUGUAUUGGAAGGAGUCUAUCGGUGUUGACGAGGCGUUGCUUGGGUUCGAGAGAAACUUGACUCAUCUGGACGGCCACAUAGUGCAGCUUAAGCGUACUGGUGUCACGCAGCCCGGCUUUGUACAAACGAUAUUGGGCGAAGGUAUGCCGGUAUACGAGUCGACGGGGUACGGCGAUUUGUAUGUCGAGUACAAUGUCAUACUGCCGCAGACGGUUUCCCCUGAGAUACGAACAAAGCUUGCCGAAGCCUUCCAUGGCCACACGGACCAUGUGAAGGACGAACUAUAGAUUAUAUAUUGUAUCUUAGAGGGCAUGUUAGGGACUCGCCACGUAGAUUUCUCUCAUCAGCUCCAGCACUGGUGUCCGAUGCAGGCGUUGGACAAUGUGCUACGACUGUUGGUUAACGUCUGCCUAGUCAGAGAUACCUGAUCUUUGAGUCCCAUGCUCAC